AUGGGGCACAUGCCUCCUUGGGGUGUCCAUCUCAAGGCGCGGUGGCCCGCUGGCACUCCUGCCCAAGGAGUAGCAUGCCCGGGCCCCAAGGCUGCUGGGGUUCCCCCUGACCCCCCCCCCGCCCAAGUCCAUCCCACGGAGCAGGACGCUGCGCACACCCGGGGAAACUUUCUGCCUCCUCAAUGGAUGGAUGAGCCAAGCGGUUCCUCCCUCCCUGGAUUACUUUGAGCUUCAUCCUGCUGGAAGAGAAAAGCUGGAGCCUGGGAAUGCUCGUCGGCUCGGGGAGCGUGCGGGAGGAGUUCGGCUCUGACACCUGACGUCUCCCCAACUGGGUCCUGCCCCGGCCUCACGGAAGAGCCCGCGGACUCUGUGCACGCGCACGCACAGAGGAUAUUUAUUUAUUUAAUUUAUUUAUUUUAUAUGCAUCCUGCCAUCUCCCUUACGUUAUUGAUUGUGAAAGUCGUCACCCGCCCCACGAGUGCUCCAGGGAAAAGGGAAAAUUUUGGCAUUCCCUUGCAGAGACCGUGUGUGAUGAGGAGGAAGAGGAGGAGAACAACCAGGGGCUUGCUGUGAUCCAGAGACCUUCUGCUUCAGCGUCGUGCCUGGGUCGGUCCGUCUCCCUAUCCUCCGGCCAUCCUGCAUCUCUGAAUCAUCUGUCUGUCUGUCCACCCCUCUUCCGAGACGAUGAUGCUCAAUUCGGACCAGACAGAGAUCGACCUGCCCCCGACACACUCCGAGUCCGAGUCCGUCUUCAGCGACUGCGGCCGCGCGGGGAGCGCGGAGGACACCGGCAGCGUUGGCUUGUGCGCUCAGUCCCGGGUAGCCGAGCAGGGCGAGACGGUGAAGAAAGACCUACAGCACCUGAGUCGGGAGGAGCGUCGGCGCCGGCGCCGUGCCACGGCCAAGUACCGGACAGCCCACGCCACGCGGGAGCGCAUCCGCGUCGAGGCCUUCAACAUGGCCUUCGCCGAGCUGCGGAAGCUGCUGCCCACCCUGCCGCCGGACAAGAAGCUCUCCAAGAUUGAGAUCCUUCGCCUGGCCAUCUGCUACAUCUCCUACCUGAACCACGUGCUGGAUGUCUGAGCCACCCCAGCCUGCGUCCGUCUCUCUGUCUGCCGUGUCUCCUACCUGAACAUGUGCUGGGCAUCGGAGCCAAGAGCUCAAGUCCGUCUGUCCAUCUACGACCUGAACCACAUGUCGGGCAUCCAAAAUGCUGUGCCUGUGUUCGUCCGUCUGUUCAAAUGGACCAAGUCCCCAGCUGUCUGCCCUCCCCCCUAUCUGAACUGUCUUCUGUAUUUCCCCAGCGCCAAGCCCACGUCCGUCUGUCCUUCCAUCCUGCCUGACUCAGCCUGGAUGUUCAGUCCACCAGCCAUCUGUCUGUCCUGCUGGAUCUGCUGCCUGAAGCCUGUGCUGGCCGCACGUGCUCCCAACUUCUGUCCGUCUGUCCUUCUGAUGCUGCCUACGGGACCCUGAGCCCGCAUCCGUCAGUCUGUCCACCACGUCUGCUCCCUGACCCACAGCAGGAGCCACUGAGCUCACGUCUGUCUCCGUGUCACCUCUUUUAUACACAAAAAAAUGGACCUGUGAAGCACUGCAGCAUCAAGCGGCCCCAGGGUCUUGUCCAUCUGUCUGUCUGCACCUUCUGCCACCAGCCGCCCCACCAGCACGGCCAGUCUGGGCAUUUUCGUCUGUUUGCUGCUGUUCUGCCCCUGGCAUCGUGCUGGGCUCUUACAGACCCCCGUCAGGACCAUCCUCUCCACCGGGGGACCGCAGCCCAGGAGCAUCCCCGGGCACAGAGCAGCUCCUCUGUGUUCGCCCUGGCCUUUUGCACCCUAAAGGGAAGCACAAAGUGUGGUGCAGACCUGGCAGGACCUGGGGAGGACGGCGAUAGGUUCCCCUCCAGACAGGGCAGAGAGGCAUGCUCUGAAAUUCCCUGAAAUUCCUCGGAAAUUCUGGCUGUGCUGCCUGCCAGGCGGAGCAGCACCCGAGGUCUCUCCAUUGCACAUCUGGUCUCCCCAAAGCUCAGCACUCUGCUCCCAGACCCCUGCGUCCCCGGCUUUGCUGCCUGACCCUCCUUUGCACUAGUGCACAACGAGUGUGAAGCCCCCCUGGCCCAGCCUGUUGCGCCCCCCCCGGAGCACCAGAGCUCCCCAUGCAGCUCUUCAUCGCUCCCCACUCUUCCUCCACCUCUGCUUCGCUGCUCCUGAUGGAAAAGCCCUGAGCGGUGUCACAAGCGUGGCCCAGCACGGGGGGAUGCUGGUGCUCAGCCCCCCCGCACCGCGUCCUUCCCCUGUACCACUGGGUCUCAUGGGCAAAGAAGCUUUGCCCUGGGGUUCUGCGGGCCCCCCCCGUUUACACCAGUACAGCACUGGUGCAGCGUGAGCUUUCACAGCAACGCUCUGCCGGGGUAAACUGCAGCGGGGCUGGAGAGGGGAGGGAGCUGGCGCGGCCCCUCUGCCCAGCUUCCAGCAGCCGGGGCCCUCCCCGGCCCCCCCCCCGACAUGGAUCAGCACUUUGGGAGAGGGGGGGGAGUGGGAAGGGGAAGCAGAGCCAAGCAGCCUUUUCUCCAGCAAGGCCGCGCUGAGCCUGGGGAAAACUCAUGGCAGGAGUGAAUGUUUUACCUUGGUUUAUGGGUGUUUGUUUGUUUUAAGAGUUAAUUUUGCACUGGCAGUGGCAAGAGCACAAGCAGAGCCCGGGCGGGGGACCAGGACGGUGCAGAAAGCACCGGCUGUGCUUCGAGCCAACGCUCCGGGCCGGGGGCCCGGCCCGCAGGGAACAGGGUUGGGUCUCGUCGCGAGACAGGCAGUGGGUGCUGGGGGAGACGGACCUGGGGGUGUCGGAGAGGGUCGGUGCCACGGCCUGCGCACACCAGCAAACCCCCAGAGCCGGAGCAGAGGGUCCCAGCAGCGCUUCCAGGCUCCCACCCUCCACUUUUUGCCUUCCCGAGGUGUUGGGCUCUGCCCGUGCCGGGUGUCUGAGCCCCACUUGGGCUUCCCGGGACCUCACAGACCUCCUGGCUCCAUCCCGGCCCCCCCCAAGCCUCUGCCGCCAGCUCCCAGCGACGCCUCGCUCCGUACCUCAUUUCCCCCCUCCCCGUAAAAGCAGGGAGGACAUUCGCUACCUCUGUCUCGCAAGGACUCUCCGGGGCACUUGGGAUCCCCGAGGGCCGGAGCAGCAAACCCCGCCGCCCGCUCCCCGGUCACCGCAUCGCCCGGCAGACAGAGCAGGGCAGCCCACCCUUCCCCUCCGCUCGCCAGCCACGUCUCUGUGCCACGAGGAUAUUUAUUGAAUUAAUUUAUUGAUAAAUGUUAUUAUUUAUUUGCUGUGUUGUGCACUUUUGGGAAAGGAAAACUAGAUAACGAACGGAAAAAAAA